UGGAAACAGAAUGACUCCUGGAUGUGUCCAGACAAGGCAUUUACUCCAGAAAAGCUAUAUAAUGUAUUCACUUGCUUCUUAGGGGGCAUCCACAUGACACUUGAGCCUUUUAAUACUGCAAAAAUGAAGUGGCAUUGGAAUGAUUUUACACAACACCAGAGAGAGUGCUGUUUUCCUUAUGCACUGCAACAUAGGUUUAAACCUGAUUUUACAGGGAAUUAGAGCAGGGGCACUUCCUGAGUUUUUUUUAAUUAAAUAAUUAGUGCAAUUUUGCUUUAACAACUGGGCAACAGACCAGGAAAGGAGACUUCCCAGAAAACAGGAAGUGCCAUUAUCUGUUGCCACACAUCCAACUGCUCCAGCCCUCUGGGAUAGUGUGAACUGCCUUGCCUCCCCAACCCUCUCUCCCUUCAGCAUCUCUGAAAAACUGCAAGAUAUCUGCGGAGGAGAGCGGGAACUCACAGGGACUUACCGAAGUCUCUCUACCUCUGGCUGGGAAAUAAACCUUUUCUCUCUCUCUUGCCCAGCCUGAGGUUCUGAAGAACCAGAAAAUCCAGGCAACCUGUACUGAGAAGUGAAGCUAGGGCAAGACUGGGGUCAAAAGAGGAAGGCAACCACAGCUGCUUUUACAGUCCAAACUUGUACCUUUUCUCGGAAGCAAGUCCCACCACAUUAUAAUAAUAAUAUAAUAAUAAUUUAUUAUUUAUACCCCUCCCAUCUGGCUGAGUUAUUUAUACCCCGCCCAUCCAGCCACUCUGGGCGGCUCCCAAUCAAAUGUUAAAAACAAUACAGCAUUAAAUAUUAAAAACUUCCCUGAACAGGGCUGCCUUCAGAUGUCUUUUGAAGAUAGGAUAGCUGCUUAUUUCCUUCACAUCUGAAGGGAGGGUGUUUCACAGGGUGGGCGCCACUACUGAGAAGGCCCUCUGUCUGGUUCCCUGUCUGGUUCCCUAAAUGAGGUUUAUUCUUAUGCAACUUUGUGGGAGUAAAGAGACUCAGCUUGUUUAUUAAUACAUGGUGGUGAGAGAAGCAACCCACUAUUCCAAUUAUGCGUAAGCUACUGAUAAGUUAGGGAAUUAAGUCAGGAGCUAUUUUUACUGCAUGAUUAGCAACCAUGCCUGUUUCUGUUUUCUAUAAUGCACACUCAGUAGGGUUCUUCCAUGUCUUAUCAGGAUCACAGCACACAGGUUUAACGCUGGGCUCCUUAGCUGUGAUCCCAAUGAAAAUCCCCUCUGUGGCAAAUAGCAUUAGGGGAGAAGCAACUCUGUCAUAUUGGCAUGUGUGAUAGGGGGCUAAGUGCUUGCCAGCAUCGUAGUAGGACCACGCCAUACAGAUGUCCAUGCUGGUCAAGUGACGACAUGCGGCAAUAUCAAAGAACAAUUACCCAGUUUAAACGCUCUGUGGGAUAUGCUUUACUUGCGUUGAGUCUGGUGGCAUGCCUCACUGAGGAUGUUCCGGGCAGGAUGAGACCAGGAACUGAAGGUGUUAAAAGUGAUAUAAUAGUGCUAUAAGCCUGUGUUUUACACCACCAUGUAUAUAAAAAGAGCACAUUGGUUCAUGCAUUUAAUGGCAAAUUAAAAUCCCAGGUGUGCAUCCAGAGGAUAAAACAGGCUGGCUGAAAGAGUACUAAUUCAUACUAAGAGUAAUUUCAGGGACCUUGUAAGCCUCCCAGAAGUAACUCAGAUUAACCAAAGAUUAACUCAUUUUAACCAACCAGUCAUAGAUGUCAAUAAUCAAAUUGUUGUUGUUGUUUUUAAACAAACCCCUUUCCCCAAUCAUUGAGCACACAUCACAUAUGGUUGUUUCCUAAGUUUGUGUUGCAGCUGAGGUGGCACUAGGUUGCAGGUUCGAUCCCCAUACGGGACAGCUACAUUUUCCUGCAUUGCAGGGGGUUGGACUUCCAGUCUACAAUUCCUAUGAUCAUGAGUUAUACCAAAACUAUACUAGCUGCCAUAGAAAUAUUUCAUAUAUUAAGUGGUGUGCAAAUUGUGUUACUAAAUACCGAAAUUAAGAGACUUUGCCCUUCACAGAGAUAUAGAAAGUGCUCUUCACAUUGACUUUUAAACUGCAAAUCCAGUCCUUCUGGGUUAAUGGGUCAAGCAGAAUGAGGGUUGCUCAGCAGUCUACAGAUAAGUUUACAAUGGUGAGAACUCCCUCGUAAACUGGGUGGAGAGCCUUUAUCCAGACCGAGGACUGAAUUUCCAUCUGGGGAAUAUUGGGUGGGAUUGGGGGGCAAAUGCCACAGGUGGGCAGGGCCAAAGUGGGCAGAACAAUGAAUGUAAAUGUUACCUUCUUUGGGUUGGCUGGUUUCCUGCACACCCCUCUCUUUCUUCUAUCCUGGCAACCAACUGGCAUUAUCAAGAGUACAAGGGCACAUUCCAGCUGGGCAAAGUUACUCAAGGGGGGAGGGAGGGACAGGGCUGCUUAAGUUGGGGCCUGGGGAAAGGGGUGUGGCUUGGAAGGUGCUGUAUUGAGGGAAGUGGCUAGUCACAGCCACUGCCCCAACUCACUUGUUUCCGCUUGGGAAGUGCAGCAGGCUCAGUCCCAACAAGCCCCACACUGGCAAGUGAGAGAGAACAAGCUUGCAGAGGCAGGGCCAGUUGCUUCUUGCCACCUCUCCAGCUGUCCUGCAAGGAAUACCUACUCAUAUUUAAGGAAAUGGAUAUACCUUAUGAUUGAAAACAGGCUCUAUAACAUAGCUGCCAACCGUCCCUUAUUUGGCGGGAAAGUCCCUUAUCCCAGUGCUGUGUACCACUGCUGUCCCUUAAAUUUCCCGGGUUUCAAAGGAAGCAGCUCCUCUCCCUCCCUCCCUCCCUGCCAGUCAGGGAGGAGGGAAGCUCCAACUAUGUUGCUUGGCUGCGUUGCUCACCCAAUAAGGAGUCUAAGAAUGACUGGGGGGUGGAGCUUGCAUGCCUUGUGCCAAUCAAAUCGGCCACAUUGCCUGGGGACUCCAGCGGAGAGGGGACGGUGGUUUUCCUUGUUGCAUCCCCUUUGCCGGGUUGCUGCGCUGUGGGAACCACCGCUUGAGGCUUCGUUUGGCUGCUGGCUGGGCUUUCUGCCUUUGCCUCGGAGAGGCUCAGAAGUUGAACAAAACCUGUGCUCUGAAAAUCCCUUAUUUUGGCUGCUGAUCCCUUAUUUUCGAGGCUGCUGGUCCCUUAAUUUAAAAUCUGUAAAUUGACAGCUAUGCUCUAUAAGCAGUUCACAAAAACAAAGCUCUCUCUCUCUAUAUAUAUAUAUACCAGCAGUCAAACUAAAUACUUAUGUCGAUGCCUACAUUUCUGAAUAGGCGCGAUGGAAGAAAAAUGUUUGCAGCCAGUGCUGAAAAAAGCACAGCAAAGGCUGAUAUCAAUAGGCAGUGAGUUCCAAAGUGGGGUGCUGCCACACUAAAAGCUUGAUUUCUUACAAUUGCAGAAUGAGUACAGUAUUGUGCUGCACUUGUAACAGGGCCAGUUCAACCAAUCAAAGCAGUUGAAUAGGCACAUACUGUACAGGGUAAUCCAAUUCUCCAAGUAAACUAGUUCCAAAUAAGUUAAGGGCUUUAUACUGCUACAGACAGGUUUUAAAAUGUUUUUUUAAACAACAGUAGAAGUUUGAAUAAAGCAGGGAUGGACACACAAAGAGGCUCUAUGGGGAUAUGGAGGGGUGGCGACAAGGGGAAAGGUGGGGCUGGCAAGCAGGGGUUGCAGACCCUAAUAUAAGUUACUGGAUUUGUAUCCCACCUUUUUCUGCAAGAAGCCCAAGGUGGCAUGCACACCCUCCUCCUGUGAAAAUUGGGUUAGGCAGAGAGGCAGAGACUGGCCCAAUGUCACCUGGGCUUUGAACCCUGGUCUCGCAAGUCGUAGUGGGAUGUGAAAGUAGUAAACUUGUAGAAGAAGAAGAAGAGUUUGGAUUUGAUAUCCCGCUUUAUCACUACCCGAAGGAGUCUCAAAGCGGCUAACAAUCUCCUUUCCCUUCCUUCCCCACAACAAACACUCUGUGAGGUGAGUGAGGCUGAGAGACUCCAGAGAAGUGUGACUGGCCCAAGAUCACCCAGCAGCUGCAUGUGGAGGAAGGGGAUGCAAACCCUUGUAGGAUGUCAAAAUCAUGGGGUUCAUAUUAAGAACGCUAUUACUGCCAUGAUGAAAUAAAAAGACAUCCUAGAUAUUUUGCACGUCAUCGUCUGGUUUAGCAUUCCACCAAUAUACCAAUUCACCAUUAUUUAUCCAUCUAAUUUGUAGCAUUUCCUGCCCACCCCAGAACUUGCCAAGGCAAAAACACCCCCCUCCGCGACUCUGAAGGACACAAAAGCGGGGAGGGACUGGGCAGCAGCCCAGCCGUCAUGGACAGGGCUGGGUUUAGGUUUGAUGAGGCCCUAAGCUACUGAAGGUAAUGGGGCCAUUUAUAUGUCCAGCUGUCCUUUGUCAACAACAAAUUGCCGCUGUUUUUUGUGCUGACUAUAUGCUAUAUGGUAAUAUAUGGAACUAAUAGGUAUCUAAAGCCAUUUGCACAUGCAGAAUGUAGGCACCCUAUAUAGAGAAAUGAGCAAACCAGUGAUAUUUUAGGGAGCAGGCUUGCAGGCGGGGCCUAUGACUUGCAUCAUAGGAGCUUACACAACACAAAACACUGUUGCUGUAUGUAGGUUUUAUUAUCUUAUAUUUUGGAAAUUACAUCCAGUUUUUUUCUUCCUUUAAAUUUUUUUGGGGCCCCCAAGAGUGAGGCCCUAAGCUACAGCUUGUUUAGUUUAUACGUCAAUCCGGCACUGGAGAGCAAGGAAGGACCUUUCCUCUCCUUGAAACCGGCCGGCCUGGGGUUUGUUUUCCUCCCGCCGCGCCUGCUGAGCUUAUCUCGCCACCGGCGCGCCCGCCUGCCUUCCCCCAAGCCUGGCUGCGCUCCACGGAGCAGAAGGGGCCGUCCUCUCCGCCCUCCUUCCUCCUGCUCCUCCCGGGGCCCGUGAGUGGCUCGGGAGAAGGCGGGGCGGAGCAGGACAGGCGGCGGAGACUUUCCCGGCAGCGCGGGGCGGGCAGAGAAGGGGACAGCGGGGAAGCGCGACGGAGCGGACGGCCGAGCCAGCAGAAGCUUUCCAGCGCGCCCGUCCAUCGGGGAAGAAGCCGAGCGCUGCCCAACCCAGCCGCCCCGGGAGCCUGGCCCGCUGCGCCAACCUCCUUCUCGGCACUAUGGAGGUGGAGGCGCCGCAGGUGAGACCCGCAACGCCCCCCUCCCCCGCCUUCCUUGCGACGGCACCGGGCUGAGCAAGGAGAGGGUCCCUAAGGGGCAGCCCCUUCCCCAUCGCAGGUCCCUAAGGGGCGUGGGAGGGGCGAGCCAGGCCUCGUUGCGCGUUCUCCUCCCGUCGGCUCGGGGCGGGGCGAAGGCAGCCGGCGCCACCCACUUCCCCGCUUGCGAGGGCGGCUGUCAGCUGCCGGCUUCGCUUCGGCGCCGGCCCGCCCCGUCCUCCGUGACGCAGCGCACACGAGCGCGCUGACUCACCGGCGGGCGCAGCCAUCCCCGACGGCGAGGCCGGGGUAGCUGCUGGCGGGCAGUCGGGUGCUUUAAGUUGGAAAGACCCACGGGACUCACCCGGGGGCUUUGUUUCUUCUCCCCCUGAGCCUGGGACCUGCCCGAAAAUCAAAAACGAAACCUGGACCACCAAUCUGGGGCAGAGUGCAAAUUUGUAAAAAGAAAGCAGUGCUUCUGGGCAUGUGCAGAGCGCUGCUCUCGUCGGCGGGGUGUGUGUGUGUGUGUGUGUGCACCACGGGCCCUGCGAAUUUGGGAUAAGGAGAUAGCGCACCCCGGAUGGGUUCCAUAGCUGUCAAGGUUUCCCUUUUUUUUAAGAGAAAUUCCCUUAUUCCGAAUAGGAUUGCUCAUAAGAAAAGGGAAAAGUUGACAGCUAUGAUGGGUUCUGAAACGGCUUGAGUCUUGAAAUCUUGAAAACAAGAACACUUUUGGAGGCUUGGGCUAGAAGCUUUGAUUCCUAAAUUAUUUGAAGGAGAUCUAUGGAGAAGAAGGGAGGAGGGGAGGAAACACUUGAGUUGCCUGUGGUCAUCUUGGUCCCCUUUAAAGGUAAAGGGACCCCUGACCAUUAGGUCCAGUCGCAGAUGACUCUGGGGUUGUGGCGCUCAUCUCGCUUUACUGGCCUAUUAUUACUAUUUUUUAAUUAUUAUUAAAAUUUCUAUACCUCCCUUCAUCUGAGGAUCACAAGGCGAUUUACAGUAUAAAACCCUCCAAAAUAUAUACCAUAGUAAAAAAACAUUCCUGCCCCCCCCCCCCAAUUUAAAGCACCAUAGAUUAUUUAAUGAGGCAAAGGCCUGGGAGAAGAGGAAUGUUUUUGCUCGGCACCUAAAGAUAUAUAAUGAAGGACCCAGGCGAGUUUCCCAGGGGCGAGCAUUCCACAAGCGGGGAGCCAAUGGAGAAAAGGCCCCUUCUUGUGCUGCUGCUUUUUUGAUCUCAUGAAGGGGGCACAUGAAGAAGGGCCUCAGAUGUUGAUCACAGGGUCCGGGUUGAUUCGUAUGGGGGGAGGCGGCCCUUUUGAUACUGCAAUCCUGAGCCAUUUAAAAGUGGACUGUUGCUGAUGGUAUAAUUUUUCAAUGUGGAAGGGGAAUGUGUAAAUUGUCACCUAUGAAUACAACUCACUUGUUUAUUUUGCUGUGGUGACAUGGGUCUGGAAGGAGGCGUGCACUGUGGUGUUUUCAGAUGUUUUCUAUUAAAACAUGGCUUCCCAUCUUGGGAUCUGGUUCUUUGUGUGGUGCUUGGCCAUAGUGUAUGUGUGCAAACAUGAAGUGGGCGUUUUUGGUAGUUUCUAGGAACAUGCUUAGACUUAACACCAUGCCACUAAAAAAGGAAGCUGUAAGCUGCUUUUCAGUGGCGAAUUAACUUAGCAGCACAAUCCUGUGCUUGUUUACUCAAAAGUAAGCCUCAAUAUGUUCCAUGGGACUUGCACACUGGUUACGGGAUUGUAGCCCAUACCAGAGUUACCAGUGCUAGUACUCAAAAUAACCGUUAGCAAAUGCUUUGGGUAUUUAUUUAACGUACUUCAGUGCUACCUAACUGUUAAAAUACCAAAAUCCACUUACAACAAAUAAAACAAACAAUUUUGCGCACGCGCACAAAAAUCACAGAAAAAUAAGUUAAGUUUGGAAUUGUAAAGUUGGAAGGGACCAUGAGGGUCAUCUAGAAGCAUUUUUCAAAAAAACCCAACCACCUUAUUGUAGAAGAAAUAUUUAAACAGCAAACAGCAAUACAGUCUAAUGGCAUAAAGCCUUGGGAAAUGAAAAUGUCUUAAUCUGCCAUCAAAAUGAGGAAAGUGUUGGCGACUCUGGGAUGCACGGGUACCAUCUCUGAAAAGCCUCUCUCCCUAGUUAAAACCCACCAUUUCACUUCUGCUGAUAAUAGAUUCCUGGAUGAGGCCUCAGACUGGCUGCAUAUGCACCACAAAUUCAAAGCACCCCCACUCCAAUCAUCACGGGAACUGUAGUUUACAGAACCACCAUCCUCAGAGCCCCCAAGAAACUACCGUUCCCGAGAAUCGUUGGGGGGAAGCAACAUACUUUUAAGUGUAAGGGUGCGUAUGCAACAAAACUUGCAGUUUUGCCAAGCACUGCACCACACCCAAAAUAGUUGUUUCUUGGGGGUUUUUUACACACGUUCAAAGCUGUCCCGAGGCUUGGAAAUUUAUUUCUAUUUUCGAGAUACUCUUGUUGACGGUAACAAAAGGAAAAGUGCACGCAUACCUCUCCCUGGUUUCCAUACACACAAUGCAUGAUGUUACAUAAUUCUUCAUUCACGGAGUGAAAGUUGUGGCAGGUUUGGACUUGUAUAAUAUCACUAGGCCUUGGGAGUAAGCCUCAUUGAACUCCGUAGGACUGGCUUCUGAGUAGAUAUGUAUAGGUUUGCACAGUGUGUGUGUUUUUUCUAAGGCCACAUGCACACCAUACAUUAAAAAGCACUCUUGCACCACUUUUUAACAGUUAUGGAUUCCUCCCAAAGAAUCCUGGGGGUUGACCUCACGGAGCUACAAUUCCCAUCACCCUCCACAAAAUACAGUUCCAACAUUCUCCAGGACUGUGUAGAGUGGUGCAAGAAAGCUUGAAAUGUAUGGUUACUGAUGCAACUUAACUGUUUCCAGGAGCAGACAACUUCAGACUGACACAGCACAUCUUCUGUGUUUGCUUUUUAAAAACGGGAGCAGCGAAGAAGCAACUGCCCUCUUGUUUUCCCAGGGUGGAAACAAAUGGUGCCGUGGUAUGAAAGUGUUUUGCUGUGUGUGGACUCCUGAAGCUCAGGGCAUGGUAUAUUCGUGGCUCUGGGUGAUGUACCUUCGAUUGGCACCGCAAGCAGGAGAGGGCGAAAGACAAGAGCAUUUUUUUAAAAAAAUAAUUCCCUUGGCAUCUCUCGACAUCUCUUUCAUAAUCGCCCUCUUCCUUCCCCCACCUUCUGGUCUGUCAGGGCUCGGCCUUACAUUUUACAGGACUGUUAAUUAUCUGCAUAUCUACAAGUGCAAAGGUUGCAACGCUUGUGUAGGGUUCUGUGGCUUUGGGGCACUGUACAGGCACAAAUGGAUCUAUAUCGCCAUCUAAGUAUUUUUUAAGGCAUUUUGAAAGUCAGUGCUCUAGGCAGAAUGGAGGAUUUGGCAUGCAGAUAUCACAACUACAAGAAAACAAGUGUCCUUUUGAGGUUUUGGAAGGCUCCAGAAAGGGGUCUGUGGCAAAGGUGUGUGAGGCUUUCUGUGGGCACCUCCAGCCUUUAAUCUCCAUUAAGUUCAAACUUAAAUGUCAGUACUGUACUGUACUUGCUCUCAAGUGCCUCUUGCAAAAAAAAUAAUAAAAAAUAAUAGAUUAAGGGCCAGUGUACAUGAUUCCCUGCUGAAGGGGGCCACUUCAGAAAAGGUGUUUCGGCAGUGGCUGCACCAAGCAAACAACUUGUCAGGCUACUUUGCUUUGAAGGCAAUUUGGCAAUUUUGCAUGCCACUGCAACAAAAAUAUUGAUGAAGGUUCAGGACUCCUGUUCUCCUUUGCUUCUGGUCGUUCUAGCUUUAUCGAAAUUAAGUGAAAUCUGUUUUUCGUGUGUGUGUUUUAUGUUUAUUUUUAUGUCGUGUUUGCUACAUCAUCACCAUCGCCAACACAACCUCUGUAAGCUUUGGAUAACUACUACCGCACUAGUUUAACCUCGCAAAAUCUGGUAUUGGGCUGCUGGGGGCACAGUGCUGUUACAAGUGGUUUCAAAGCGAGAUACAUAACAGAGGUUCGGGAAGCAUGAAAGCAUGCCAACUGCUGUGGAGGAGAGAAAAAGACAAGAACGUUCAGUAGCAGUAGCAGCAGCAGCACUAUCUCUGAGAUUCAGCCUUGCUUAAGCCUUACUAUCGCAGGGUGAUGUUGGGAAAGUUAGUUAGUACCUUGGUUCAGCACUCAAAUCUGAAAUGUCGUUGUAAGUCAGUGAUGAGAGCUGCAACCUGAUUAAAGUCGAUUUAAUUGAUUAAUCCUCCUGGUUUUUCCUCUCUCAAUCAGUAGAUGGGUAAAUCAAGAAGUAUAUUUUCUGUACUUUUUUUGGUAAUGCACUUGCUCAAUGUAGUAGGAAAGCAUUUCCCGUAUGAGAGCAGGGAGAAUGGCUCUUUGCAGAUGGGAAGCAGCCAUCUUAAGAUUUUGUGAAAGUUUAUAUUAAAAAAAAAUAUACUGUUAGUCAAAAAGAAAAUCAUUAAGUCUGCUCCCUGAUUAUUUGAGGCGUCUCUGUAUUUGAGUAAAAGUUCUGAAAUUAACCAAUUCACUGAUUAAGGGAGCAAUCGUAUACAGUGGUACCUUGGGUUACAUAUGCUUCAGGUUACAUACGCUUCAGGUUACAGACUACGCUAACCCAGAAAUAGUGCUUCAGGUUAAGAACUUUGCUUCAGGAUGAGAACAGAAAUUGUGCUCCAACGGCGCGGUGGCAGCAGGAGGCCCCAUUAGCUAAAGUGGUGCUUCAGGUUAAGAACAGUUUCAGGUUAAGAAAAGACCUCCAGAAUGAAUUAAAUACUUAACCCGAGGUACCACUGUACCUGUUUACCUGGGAGUAAGUCCCAUUGAACUCACUGUGGCUUCCUCCUGAGUACAAACAUAGGAUGGCUGUGUUAAUGUUGCAACCCUGUUUUGUUGGCGCAAUAAGGAAAAUGAUUUCAUCUUGAGGAACAAGUCCCAUUUACUUUAUCUUACCCCUUCGUUUCCCGUCCCCAACACUCAUAAGGCAAUCUGAUAUAACGCCAAAAGCAAACUUGGUAAGGCAUGUCUAAUUUCAAAACCAGUCUUAAUUUUUUUUCCUAAGCAGAAGUGCAGGUAUCAGUGUUGACCUAGAAACUUCUUCCAUUUUUUUUUAAUUUUUUUUUUUUGGGGGGGGGGGGAGAGACAGAAUCCAAAAGCAACUGUGGCAUCAUACCAUUACUAUUUUUGAUCUAUCUAAAAAAUUCUGAAAGAAAUGAGCAUUCUUCCAGCAAAGCUCUUAAUCAGGCUAGUAAAAUAUGGGGUGUAGGAAAUAAGAGACGUUGCAGGGUAUGAUUGAAAGCUCAAACCUUUUGUUUGUAAUAGUUUAAGGUGGUAUAUGGAGGAGGUGUAACACAUUAAAUUAGACCAUUUGGUGCUCUGUGCAAAAAAAGAGAGAGUAUAUUAUCUUCCCCCGUUUCUAAGGCACAUGUAGAAAUGGCAUGCCUACUGCAGCUUUGGAGAUCUUGACCGAGGAAAUGAAAUACUUGAAUAGAUUUAGAAAAAAUUGUGUUCGUAUUCAUUACGGUUUUGACAACACCUGAUCAAAUUGCAAAUGUGAGUAAUUUGUUGGGUGUCUGUAACAUGGAACUACUUAUUUUUGAAGGAUACUGUCUGCAUUCUCCUUUUGGACUUAAUGAAAUGUGGCAGUUGCCUGUCAUAGUUUCCCUAAAAGGGCCCUUUCUGUUCUUUAUAGCGUGCAAACUUCGGUGCUCUGAAAGCCAGAAAGAAGUUGGGAGUUGUGCAAUCAUUUAUUUCCCCUCAAGGCAGCUGCUUUGGUUUUGGAAUGAGACUUUUCUUGAAGUCAGGAUCCACCGGGUACCAAGGGUAAAGGGACUGAGGGGUGUAACUGUUUAAAAUUGACUUAUUUCAAAAAAUUGAUUUUGCUGUUAAUUUUUGCCUCUUCUAACAGUGUAAAUAUUACCAGCAAUUCUCCUUGUAUGAAGUUUCUCCCUCAAGACACAGAAAUAUAUAGCUCUUUCAGCAGCUUGUGCAAUGAGGAAAUAAACUAAUUUCUUUUCCUUUUCUUAAAAACAACAACCACAUAUUUUAAAAUAAUAACAUAAAGUAUUGCUGUUCACUUGUUAGGCAAUAUCCUAUUUUGGAUAUUUCCCAUAUUUCCCAUAUUGACCUUGUCGGAAAACUCUUUUUGCUUUUUUAUAUAGGAUAAGGAUUUCAAUGGGGCACCUCAGUUACCAGGAAGAAUAGUAUGAGGGUUAUUUUGUGUUACAGCUUUGUAUUUUUAUGCUGUGAACCGCUUUGAGAUCUUUGGAUGAGGGGUGGUAUACAAAUUUAAUAAAUAAAUAAAAUUAAAUAUAUAUAUGAUUACAGCCUUCAGAACAAAGUUUGAAGUACUGUAGCAGACAAUAUGAACUUCCCCAAAGCAAUAUGGGGCAGAGAAUGAUUUGGGAUGAAGAUUACCUGUUUUUCAGCCUAUUUCUCAUCUGUUCUCAAUUGCCCCUCUUAUCCCCUGGGUUCCAGACAUGGGUUUGCAAUGCUUGUAGUCCUGCAGGAGAAGCAGGGGAGAGAUAAAGGUUAAAGUAGCCAUUGCUGUUUCUCUUUUUGAAAUCUCUUCCUCUCCAUACUGCUUUGCCAUAAAGAAAAUGGCCAUGCAGUGUACAGUAUAUGCAGGACCUUCGUGAUAUGCAGGCCUGAGCAACCGUCUGUUGGCACUGAUUAGACAUUAAUCUUUUGUAGGCGUGUUUUGCACUUCGGCCAAAAUGAAAAAGUAGACCACAGAUUAACAGCCUAGUUAAACUUUGUUUUGGCCCCAGUUAUCGCAUUCCAUCCCAAAGCAGCCCAUUUCUUCGAGUUUAGAAGGCCCUUUGAAAACUUGGAAUGACUGCAUAAUAAUUUUUCAUUUUUGCACGAGAAAGUAUACUGAAAUGUUUGAAUUGUAGUUAGGAGCACUAAAAGUGCAGCAAGAUUAACAGUCUCUUGGAAACAUUUCUGUACUGUUUAUGCAACUGUUUUAUAGCAGAGCAUAAUCAGGCAAGCGUUGCCUGCACGUAGAAAAAAAUGCUAACAGGACCUAGAAAGCCAGAGUCCAGAUAGCCGAGAAAACAGAACUGCACAGCUUAAUAGUUUUAUUACAUGCUUGUUUUAAUAAGAUAAGCAAUUGAAUUGGCUUACAAGAAAGAAAAUAGAACCUUGUGUAGUAUAAGAAUAGAGAAAAAUCCACAAUGUUAUGAAAUUUCAUUCCGACACAGUUCAUAGUUUUAAGGCAAUUGUAGUGUACUUUGAUCCGAGCCGUCUUUCCUAUAGGGCUUACUGGCAUGUCACGCCAGGGCGCUGGCCUCCCCGGGGCGCCCCAGUGAGUGGGGGAGCUCCGCGGCUUUGCCGGUGCCCUCCCCUUUCCCUGCACGCCUACCAGUUGUGCCCCAUCAACUAUAUGGCUGGCGGGCAUGCAGCUUCCUUCUCAAGCCUCCGCGGGAGGAGAGCGAUCCCCGCAGAGGCUUGGGAAAAGGUCAACAACUCUGGGAAACGGGGUGGGGCGGGCGGGCGGGAUAUUUGCACCACGGCGCCGGAUAUGCUUAAGACGGCCCUGACUUUGAUCCUGGAGCACACAGAGCCUGAUUACAGCAUCUCAGUUUUCUAAAAUGGAAUAAAGUUUGAAAACAUGCUAAAAAUCAAGCCGGAAACCCAAAGGAUGCUCAGGCAACACCUGACGCAAAUCACCACAUUUGGACUAUCAUAUCGCAGUCACCUCUGAUAUGGGUCUCUGUUUAGUUUAAACACAGACAGCUAAUUCAAACACACUUUCCUUUGUUUCUGCAGAUCUGCUUUGUUGACUGAAACCAGGGUUUCUCGGUGUUGAACAGGCUUGUUCCGUAUGCUUGACAUUGACAAGCUACAUGGAGUGUGUGUGUGCAAAUAAUAAUAAUAAUAAUAAUAAUAAUAAUAAUAAUAUUUGUACCCCGCCCAUCUGGGCGGCUUCCAACAAAGAUUAAAAAAUACAUUAAAAUGUCACACAUUAAAAACUUCCCUGAACAGGGCUGCCUUCAGAUGUCUUCUAAAUGUUAGGUAGACAUCUGAAGGAAGGGCAUUCCACAGGGCGGGCGCCACUACCGAAAAGGCCCUCUGCCUGGUUCCCUGUAGCUUUGCUUCUUGCAAUGAGGGAACCGCCAGAAGGCCCUCGGCGCUGGACCUCAGCGCCUGGGCAAACCGAUAGGUAUUUGCUGCUGGUCCAAAUGAACUUGGGGUCUUGCAGGAUCGCUGUCCCUAAAUGUGGCUGUUGUGGAAGAACCUUGUGCAGCUCAAUACUGCUUCCUUACUAACACUUCUUGCAGUAAAUUGGUAUAUGGCAGAGCUUUCCAAACAGUGUGUCGUGACACGUUAGUGUGUUGUUGUGCAAUGUGUAGGUGUGUUCCUCCUGGGGCUGGAAAGGGGUUAGUGUAACUUCUGGUUUGCUAGUAAAACUGAAUUACUGUGUCGUGAAACGAUGCAUGCCUAAAAAAUGUGUCACGGACAUGAAAAGUUUGGAACGCUCUGGUAUAUGGGAAGCCGCUGUCUGGACCCCGUCAGUAAAUGCGGUUUUAAAUACAGUUCAAGGCGAGAUGAUAGACCCCUUAUUGCCUGUGAAGAAAGCACUUCCUUUGAUUUAUUGCCUCUGGCCAGGCUAGCUCUGCAGGUUUCAGAAGCUCAUUUUAAGGCGUGCAGGAAGGAAAUGGGUCGUAUAUAAGGGCAUGUGGAAGACCAUGGCUGAACAGCAAAUACUGGGGUUGUCUGUGCCAAGGACAGACAUUGCAAACAUCUAAAAUGAGAAAGAACAUGGGGUUGUAUCCAGUGGGGGCCUUGCAUUUGCGUAUGGUGGAGCACCCAACUUUCAGCAAGUCCCCAAUCUUUUGCAGUCCUCGGUACCAAUGUUCUGCAAGCUUGGGUCCCUCUGAUGGACUACAACUCCCAUCAUCCAAGUGUGCCCAAGCUUUGCCUUGGUCUCAUUCAUGUCACGCUAAACUACAGUGUAGUGAUACCCAAAUGUGAUCACAAACUUGUCACAGUUUAGCAUUGCAUCCAAGUACAGUCCGUCUAAAUAUCACACAUAUCAUAUGCUACUUUUAGAAAGGUAAACUGUAUCACCAUAAAUAAAUAUUUCUAAAUAUUUUUCCACAUCCUGGUGAUGCUACUGUAACCCAGAAUGUAUGUAUCGCUGGUUGAAGAGAUGUACGCAUGUAGAUAUUUGUUGAAUUGUCCCACCUUUCCAUUGGCAUGCUCAAGUGUUUAAAGAAGUUAUCGUUGCAUCAGACCGUUACGACAGUUUAGUACAAAAUUGUGGCAAAUAGAAGAAUUGCCGUGCAAAACAAUUCUUCAUUGCAGCUCGAGAGAUUUGACCUCUCCCUUUUGCUCCUGUGAGUUAAAGGUCUUUCAGGGAAAGACCAACAGUGAUGGAAAAUUUAGGAGCAAGUUUUGGCUUUCCUGCUACAGCUGAUAGUCGUCUUCAGCGGCAGCAGCAGUGAUGAUGGAGAAAAUAAGGGUGCUUCACAAACUCUGUUUUUUAUAAAACACACAGCAACUUGGAAAAAUGCCAGUAGUUGGGUAUUGAACCGAUUCUCUUCCGAUAAAAUGUUUAGGUUUUCAAGCUUCCUAUUCUGAAUUGAGUGAUAGCUUUUUAAUGGAACACUUACACCAGGUACAGUUAAAAAAUGGCAUUUCAAAAAAGCUGGUGUUUCAGUGAGAAAGGUUCUUUCAUGAAUGUUUUAUGGAAGCAUUCCCACCAGAUGAAAAUUAUCUUAGCCACCUAGUUAUAAUUUUGUUAUGUGCCUCUUGAAUUCUCAGAAAAUAUUUGAGUUAAAACCAUUGGAGCAUGUGUCUUAUGCCCCCCCCUUUUUAAAAAAAUAUUGAAGCACUCAGAAUUGUUGGGUAAUCCAGAGCUGGUCGUGAUACAUAACUUCCAAUUGAGAACAUUGCAUAUAUAAUUUGUGAUGAGGCCUAUUGGGCAUUACGAGCUAAAAACCACUCAAGGAAUAUGAUAGCGAGGGCCAAGCCAGCCAUGUAAACUUAUUUUGAUGAAUAAAAUAACACGAUCAAAAUGACUUUUAUCGAGGAGCAAAGCUGCUGCAAGUAGCUCUAGACUGCCCCUUCCUCAUCCUUGUAGUUUUGAGCUUUUACUCACAACUGAUGCAAGAUUGGGUGGGAAGGUUUGCAGAUCAGUCUCUUUAAUCGUAGGGUGCGCUUAGAGAGAGGCAAGGACUGUGUACUAUGUAAGGUAAACCGGAAUACUUGCGUUUAUAGGUUCCUUGCAUGCAUGUACACUUCCUACUCCCACAAUGUUUAGAUGUGAAUGCUGGGAUACCUCAUUUCCAUUUUUGCAUAUAAACAGAAUGUUAGAUAUGCACGGACUCGCUGAUUUUAAGCUCGAGGGCGUCGGUUUGCAUCCAAAAAUAUGCCAUUUCCUAGCAGAUGUAGCAAAAUAGUGUUCAAGUGCAGCAGAAUGAAAACCGUAGGCAGUUAUUCAAAAAUUUGUUUAUUAUAAGGAAAGUAGGUCACGUGGAAUUUAAAAUAUUCAGGGGAGGGGGGUGGUAUUCAAUCUGGUGAAAAGCAAACCUCAUCCCACGAUGGUAUAAAAGCAUAUAUUCUUCAGUUACCCCUUUUCCCUGAAGCCUUUUGUUUGGAUAGUUUCAAAAUGGCUGCGUGGGCAGAUGCCUCUGGGUUCUGGCUAGCAAAGUGAGAAAGAAUUAGAAAGAGAACAAGGGGGAAAUAAGCUAUUGGCUUUACUCUUAAAUAAAACUGAGGCAUAAUGACAGUCCAAAUCAUGGGUAGUGACAGCAACACUUAUUGCCAGAACCAUACAGCUCAUCCAGUGCCACUAAAACAAGACCUGUUUAUUUAUUUUUAAAAAGUGAGGAACCCUUCUGACUUGGCUCAGUUACCUUCUUUCUGAGGUAAACGAUGUGAUCGGCUUUUGAGGCUGUUUUAAGACAUAUGAUUCUGAGGGAUUCUUCCACUCACCUCAAGAUCUUACAUGACUUCCUUCAUAGGCAUGAGAUAAAUAUAUAUGCUUACUUCAUUUUUGUUUUAAAUUUGAAGGAGCUGCUUCUGCCCCACUUUGGUCAGUUGGUUUUCAUUAGGGUCACAAUGCAGUAGAGCGCGUAUCAUCAUCACUAUUAAGAUAAACUCGUUCAAGCCAGAGAGUUGGUGGCACUCAAGUUUGAAAAACCCUGUUUUCCUUUUGCCCCCCAAAUUUCAUUGCACGCUUUCCUGUAAAGAUCUUUUAUAAUUAAUUUAUUUUUAAGGCCUCCUGGCAGGGAUUUAAAACAUAUUUGGACCACAGAACGCUUUUGUUAUAUACACCUAAUAUAAAAUUCUAAAUAUGGGGCCCUUGCCUUGCUCCUUUUGUUUAUCCUGAUGCAAAUAUGUUUGCUAAAGCGCAAUAAGAGUUAAUAGCCAAACUUUACAACGCAGACGGAGAGUUUCACAUAAAAUCUAUAACUGACUACCCAGAUGGCAAAUGCUGAUAUGUAAACCUAAAACAUGAAAUUUUCCGUUGGGGUCCAGAUGGCUGCUUAAUGUGAAUUGUUUAACAUUUAUGUUUAUCUUAUUAAAACUGCCUUUUAUAAGUCCAGACUAGGCUUAGCAAUGUGGCUCGGAACAGGCUCUGGAAAAGCGUAUCAGUAAAUGAGUAAAAACACCAAAUGCCAGUCAGCAUUUGAUUUCGAAAAAGAGAGGGCUUCAUCCCUAAGCCUGCUGGGAAGCCAUAUCAUUUGCCUAGGUAGCUCUGGUCUUGUAAGCGUGAGUGUGGGGGGAGAGGUAGCGAUUACUCAGUGGUGAGGCAAAGGCACUCUGUGCAUGCCAUGGGGCAAUUUUAUUUCUUGCUGUUUCAAAGAUUCCUGGGCUCAGGCUGGUGCCAAGAACAGCUCCCAAGCCUGAGCGCUCAGACAAACUAACCCCUGAUACUAGCAUAAAUGCCUGCGUUUCCUACUUGUACUUGAACGGACCUUAUACAGUGGUACCUUGGUUUUCAAGCAUCUUGGAAGCCGAAUGCCGAAAACCCGGAAGUAAAUGCUUCCAUUUUCGAACAUGCCUCAGAAGUCGAGCCCCUUCCGCUGCGUGUUUUUCUCAAUUGAAUGUUCUCAAUUGAACUGAGGCUUCCAAAGUGAGUUUUCGGUUCUCAAACAUUUCAGAACACGAAUGGUCUUCCAGAACGGAUUAUGUUCAAGAACCGAGGUUCCACUGUAGUUGUUUUAAGCACAUUAAUAUCUGUGCUCUGAGAAAUAAAGACCUGAGCCCACCAUUUCCCAAUCCUGCACAGGCCAUUAUGGAGACUUGGGGUGGUAUAAUAGUUAGACCAGGCACCCCCAAACUCAGCCCUCCAGAUGUUUUGGGGCUAGAAUUCCCAUCACCCCUGACCACUGGUCCUGCUAGCUAGGGAUGGUGGGAGUUGUAGUCCCAAAACAUCUGGAGGACCGAGUUUGGGGAUGCCUGAGUUAGACCAACGUUUCCCAGACUUUGGUCUCCAGUUGUUGUUUUUUGGACUACAGUUCCCAUCAUCCCCGACCACUGGUCUUGCAAGCUAGGGAUGAUGGGAGUUGUAGUCCAAAAACUGGUGGGAACCCAAGUUUGGGAAACACUGAGUUAGACUGUUGGAUGGCAGUUGUGGACACUCAAAUCCCCAGUCAGUCAUCAAGUUCACUGGGAAACCUUAGGCCAGUCUUUAUCUCUAAACCUACCUCAAUAUGGUUGUUGUAAGUGCAAAAGAAGAAAGGGACCACGGGGUGGUAUUCAACUGAAUAGCUGAGUUAGCAAACUGAUUUCUGCAUGCACAAUGGGACUCCCCCCUUCCCCCUAAUAAUAAUUUUAUACCCCACCCAUCUGGCUGGGGCUCACCAGCCACCCUGGGCAGCUUCCAACAAAAGAUUAGAAAUACAUUUAAACAUCAGUCAUUAAAAACUUCCCUAAACAGGGCUGCCUUCAGAUGUCUUCUAAACGUCAAAUAGUUGUGCUUCCCCUCAGCUUUUGGUGCAGAUUUCGGGUGGCAGAGUAGGAUGGGAGGAAAGACUCGUUGUGCAAGCAGAAAUUGUUUUGCUUGCACCAUUGUUUAGGUGAAUACCACCCGCGGUCACCGCUCUGAGCUCCUUGGAACAAGGGCAGGAUAAAAAUGUAAAAUAGUAAUACUUAUUAAUCAAGCCCCGCUGAGACUAUCGUUAAACUACUUAAUAACCAAAUUAUUGUUCACUGCAAGUGUUAGUUGGUUCCCAUCACGAUUAAAAACAACAUACAUUUUGAUUACCAGUGUUGUAUGGACAGUAGUGAACUACAUAAGGGGUGUUCCCGAGUUACGGGGGGGGAAACAGGUUUUAGUUGAAAACCCUUCUUAUCCAAAACACUUGCUUUCACAGGUGUUGAAAGCCUAGUCCUUUUCCUUGGGCAUUCCCCUUUCUUGGAUCUGCCCAAACAGCUAUUUCCUCUGACAUAAUGUGGGAACUUGCACAACGAAAAAAGAGAACAAAAGUCUUCUUAUGGAGCAAGUCACAUGAUAGACCAUUGCGUUGUUUUUUAUCAGCAGUAAAUUUUUCUGAAGGAUGUGGUUAGCGAGACAUGUGUUAUGUGUUAUGUACUCUUUAUUAAUCUUGUGUAGAAUUAUCAACACAUUCAGCCACAUUUUGACAUUCAUCUGAACCUGGCAGCCGAUGCAAGCAUUUACAGGAACCUUAAGAAAUAUUUAUGAACAUAAAUUUGUAGAAAUCAAUCUAAUUGGAACGUAGCCUUAAAUACUUUUUUGAUGGGGUGUGUGUGGAAGCUUUAUUUAAAAUUAAUGAAACAGAGCACCUGCAAAUUAUCAUAUUAAGCAUAUUCCAGUUAAUGAAAAAGUCAUUGCAUCGUAAAAUCAGAAUCGUAGAAUCGUCCAGUUGGAAGGGACGCCGAGAGUCACCUAGUCCAACUCCCUGCCAUGUAAUGUAAUGUAAGAUAUAAAGCAUUUAAAAGGGAGUUGCUCUCAUCUCAUUUUGCAUAGAUUUGGCUUAUUCCCCGCCCUCCCAACUACUCUAAACAGGCUGUGCAAUAACUUUCAUGCCAACAAGUCCCCUCUAUUUCAAAAGCAGCUGUCGUCGUGGCUACGGCUUUAAAGCCACGCUGCUUUGUGAAUGCUGUUUUCAGUACGAUUGUUUUCUAUUCAUUUCUACUGUCGCAGUCAGGGCUGUCUUUAGCAGAUGUGGCGCUGGGGUGCAAAUAUCUACCCAGCGCCCCCAAAUUACCACGGAUAGUGUUGGGGUGGCCAUAGCUGCGCACCAGCCUUAUUGUUGGCGGGGUGCAGCUGGCGGGUGUGCAGGGAAAGGGGAGGCCGCCGACAAAGCCGCGCAGCUCCCCCACUUGCUGGGGUGCCCCUGAGAGGCUGGUGCCCUGGCGCGACACACCACUAAGUCCUUUGGGAAAGACGGCUCUGGUCGCAGCUCAAAGCAAACUUGGGAAAGACAUGUAGUUAAUCUGACAUGCUGAGGACCGCCGAUAGGCACUUGAUCUGCGCAUCUCGCUUUGGCAGAGGCAGCAGCCCAGACAAUGGCACUCUGAAAACGACGAGCAACUUAGAAACGGAAUCUCAAAUCCAGAUCCUGCCGUUUUUAUCCAGAACAUAUUGCAAAUGCUCAGAGAUGAAGGAGCCAUUUUCAAAUCUGCCAUGAGAGAAGAGGGUGAGCAGCUGGUAAACUACUGGCCUUUAAUGAAGCCCUGCCAUAUUGCAGCAUCCUCCAUUAUUGCCAGACUUAAUUAGUUCGUUCUACCAUGGCAGUCUGGAGGGACCAAACCCUUACUGUGGACAGCCGUAAUAACUCUUUCCUCUUCUCUUUGUUUUUACCCCUUUCCUAGUGAAAUUUGGCAUCUCCGUGGAAGAGGUUUAAAAUAUACAUUAAUUAGAAAGAUAGACGUUAGAGGGAAAGCCUGGAAUUUGGUGAAUAUAGCCAUGGACACGCAGGAAUAUUACAAUCACUUUGUUGGAGCAGAUCAAUGGCCCAUCUGGUCCAGAAUUCUGUUUCCUGUAGUGUCCGUCCAAAUGCAGGACAGGAAAGCAAUAACCCUUCCCUGUUUGUCCCCAGCGCCAGGUAUCCAAAGGAAUGCUGAAUGUGAACGUCCCAUCUAGCUCUUGUGGCUGUAGCCAUCGUAAGCUAGCAUUCAUAUUGUGUAAUGGUGAAUUGCAGAAGUUCAUGCUGUGUUGUCCACAAGUCUUUCCUUUUGUGUCUCGAACCUUGCGGGGCUCCUGCUUUUCCUUGGGCAACCCUGAACUCUUAUUCUUACUUGUGAGAAACUUUUCUCCACCCAAUUUCUUCUUCAUGUGAAUCCCAGUCCAGAUGUUAUUUAGCGAAUACAUUAUCUGAAAACUUAAGAUUCAGUGGGUCAGGUCCAGACUUGCCCUUCUGCAGAUGGAAAGGCUUUUGUUUGUGAAAUGGACUAAGAUGCAGUAGAGGUGAUAUUUGCCAAUUCCCCCUGCAGCCGCCAGUGCUACCUCCUGUGUUCAGCAAGAGGGUCCCCUGACUUUCUGGAACAGCUGUUUUUUUUAGGCAGGGGGUGCACAGAGCAAACUGCAGAGGGAAUAAGUUAAAACUGCUUAUCUCUCUCUCCGCCCCCACACCAUUGUUGCCUUGUGCCUACAACAUGGACUUUGUGUUUGAAGCUUUAACUGCUAGUACGGGGAGCAAUAUAUUGCUGCAGUUACUGCUUUGAUCCUGCUGGUCUUAAGCACGUUAAGAGCAUUUUAUGGCUUACUUUUAUGACAAGGUAAUUUGCCCUAAGCUCACCCUUACACCCUGUUAAAAUGUUCUCCAAGUCAUACAAGAAAAGUAAGUUGUGUCGGACCAUUCACAAAUCGGGGAAAAUUCACAGUUUAACAAAGACUUUUGUUAGGGUCCACCAGUGUUACAGAAUAGGGAGCAAGCUUCACUGGACUGGGGAUUAAGCAAUAAGAGUAGAACACUACACUGCAGGGCUGUUGUGCACUACUGUCUUUGCCCACCAUGCAGUACGGAGGUAAAAGCCGUGAAUAACAAUGCACUUUCGUUGUUAGUUAAUCUCAACUUCAGCCCAGCUUUCAACCUGCAACAGGGGGUCUAAUUCACCCAGACAACAUUGCAGAGUUGUUGUAUCCCACUCAGAACCUGAUCUGCAGUAUGAAAACUGCAAGGCUUCUGCUUCCCGGCCAUAGCCCCUUGCAACUUGCAGUAUGGGGAUAAUGACUUGUCAGUGAAACUCUAGAGCAGGGGUAGGCAACCUAAGGCCCGGGGGCUGGAUCCGGCCCAAUCGUCUUCUAAAUCCAGCCCGCAGACGGUCCAGGAAUCAGCGUGUUUUUACAUGAGUAGAAUGUGUCCUUUUAUUUAAAAUGCAUCUCUGGGUUAUUUGUGGGGCAUAGGAAUUAGUUCACCCCCCCCCCAAAUAUAGUCUGGCCCCCCACAAGGUCUGAGGGACACUGGACCAGUCCCCUGCUGAAAAAGUUUGCUGAUUCCUGCUCUAGAGAGCCACUUGUCAGCAUGACCAAUACUGAGCUAGAUGGACCAAAUGGUAUGAUAUAAAGGAUCUUCCUGUUUCCGUGCUUUUUAAAAAACCUGUUAAGGCCAAGGGUGCUUCCAGAUUGUUGCUAUUUCUGGGUGGGUUUCAGUCGCUUACUGACCAAUUCAGCUUGUGCCACUAUAGUUGAUUAAGAGGUCGUGUGCAAUGAACAUGCGUUCCCCAAAGACCAGACUUUUGCAGGACCACGCACUGGAAUGUGCUUUGAUGCAAGGACAUGAGCGCCGCAACCCCAUAGUCGCCUUUGACUGGACUUAACCGUCCAGGGGUCCUUUACCUUUUUACCUUUACCAUCUAGGACUAGGUUCCCAACAAAUCAGGAUGAAUGCUCAUUUAAAUAGCCGAUGCUGUCUGUUGUUGUUUGGUCGUUUAGUCGUGUCCGACUCUUCGUGACCCCAUGGACCAGAGCAUGCCAGGCACUCCUGUCUUCCACUGCCUCCCGCAGUUUGGUCAAACUCAUGUUGGUAGUUUUGAGAUGUUUGUCUAACCCCCUGCAAACAAAUCCCCUGAUAAAAACUCAAUAAACGGGUCCCUCUGGAAGCGCUCAAAAAAUACCAGGUUUCAAAGACAACUUUCCCAUUGCAAUUUUGAAUAAACAGCACCUCUAAAAGAAAGAGGGGUUUUUUUGGGGGGGGGGGAGAAGAAACGUGACACAUUAAGAUGUUUACGUUUUAUUUAAAGCAUUCUGUAAUAUUCUUCGUCUGUAACGGAAUCCUGUAAUUGCGUUUUGGAAACUGUAUGUCAGUGCUAAUUAAUGCAUGUCCCUGGUCCAUUACUUCGAAUUUGUAAUGCUUAUUUACAACGCAGGCAACGUGGGUUUCACUUACAAGGAAGUCCCAUUAGGUUUAAUGGGACAAUCACUAGUGCUUACAGCCAAGAAGUUGCUACUGUGCAUGUUUACUCACAAAUAAAUCCUACCAGUGUGGGGACUGCCACAUUAAUCUGAAGCUGGUGCUCAGGACUGAAACUCUAUUAUGAUGCCACUAAGUCACAUCUUAACCUUUUUGGGGGGGCGGGGGCAGGGAGGAAGUAAAAAUAUAUCACGAAUUUUGUAUCAGCAUGCAAUGGAGAAUACCCAGAGUGCAGUUAGAGGUCUCAGACCACCAGUUUACAGUCCUUUGAUUCCAUUUAAAGCAGAGUUUCCCAAACGUGGGUUUCUCCAGCUGUUUUUGGACUACAAUUCCCAUCAUCCCUGACCACUGGUCCUGCUACCUAGGGAUGAUGGGAUUUGUACUCCAAAAACAGCUGGAGACCCAAGAUUGGAAAACCCUGAUUUAAAUCAACUUUAAUGAGACGGCACCUGUUUUGAAAACUCUGUAAAAAAACAAAGUUUGAAGAUCCAGUAUUAUCAUCUAUACUGUUGUUGUUUUUUACACACACAGGAUAUGAACCUGAUCGAUAUUCUCUGGAGGCAAGAUAUAGAUCUUGGAGCAAGGCGUGAAGUUUUUGAUUUUAGCCAAAGACAGAAGGAAUAUGAGUAUGAAAAACAGAAGAAGCUUGAGAGGGAGAGACAAGAGCAGCUUCAGAAAGAGCAAGAAAAAGCCUUCCUAGAUCAGCUGCAGCUGGAUGAGGAAACAGGAGAAUUUGUUCCUAUUCAGCCUGCUCAAGCCAUUGAAUCAGGAAAUACCAUCACAUCCAAUAAUUAUUCACAGGUAAAAAAACCUCCCCAACUUCCUGUCAUGUGAUCUACAUUUUGCCCCCCCCCUUUCCUAAAGAAUGUUACUGCAUGUCUCCAGAGCAACUAUUUGAACAGCAGGGGAUUGAUAUAAUUUGUGAGACUAUGGUUAUAUACAAACUUAUUCAGGAAGUAAGGAAUCCCAUUUUGUUUUUAUCAUAGUGCUACGGUUUCCAUUUAUUGCUCCAUGGGUUCUCUUGAAACUUCUGAUGAAAUUCCAGAAAGUACAGAUGCCUAUAUAUUUUCUGAUUGCUAUCUGUCCAGCAUAGAACUUGUAUAGCCAGUCUUUCAAUAGUCUUCUUAGAUUACAUUGUCCUUUAUUCUAAUCCUCCCGCAAGCACACCCAGGAGAUAUUAAUGAUUGCAACCAGCGAGUUUGUUUCUUUAAUUAUCUUGUUGCAUUGUGGUGUGCUUUUUUGUGCUUUUUUAUUUCAAAAUAAAAUUCCAUGGAGAUAUCGCUCUCUCUCUCUAAAGCUAUAAAGAAACAGGUUGUCUGAACAUAGUAGAAGUAUUACAUAUUUGCUAUUUUUUAUCUUCAAUCUACAGAGCGUUCACGUCUCCAAACAAGAUGCAGAUGAGCUGUUCUUUGAUGACUGCAUGCAGCUUUUGGCAGAAACUUUCUUGUUUGCCGAUGACCAGGUAAAUCUCCCAAGUCUGAUGUUUUUAAUCUGGCCUCUCCUUUACAAGAAUUAAAAUCCCUUUUCUGUCUCUUUAUCGGGUGCUGGGAUAGCUCAGAUGGUGGAGCACGAGACUCUUAAUCUCAGGGUUGUAGCUUCAGCCCCCACCCUGGGGGAAAUGGUUCCUGCAUUGCAGGGGAUUUGGGACUAGGUGAUCCUUGAGGGAGCUUCCACCUCUAAAAUUCUGUGAUUGCAGUGUCCUGACUAAUGGCAUGCAUUAUGCAACAAACACAUUUGAAUGUACAGAUUGUCAUACCAACAUACUGCUUUGGAGGUACACGUCCAGGUUGGCCUAGGCAAAUUGUGGUCUGAAACCCUGGAAAGCUGCUGCAAGCCUGUGUAGACAAUACUGUGCUAGAUGGACUUGCUAUAAAGCAGCUGACUAUGUCCCUACUCUCCUGCCAACCUAGCAGUUCGAAAGCAGUUUGAAAGCAAGUAGAUAAAUAGGUACCGCUCCAGCGGGAAGGUAAACGGUGUUUCCGUGUGCUGCUCCCGUUUGCCAGAAGCGGCUUAUUCAUGCUGGCUACAUGACCCGGAAGCUGCAUGCUGGCUCCCUCGGCCAAUAAAGCGAGAUGAGCGCAGCAACCCCAGAGUCGGUCAUGACUGGACCUAAUGGUCAGGGGUCCCUUUACCUUUACUUUAUGUCCCUACUACGAAAUACCUCUUUCAUUGCCAACAGCCAACCCAAGAACCAGCGGGUUUCAAGCAUAACUGACCAAAAAAUAAAUAAAUCUGUUGCCUGGUAUUCCAGGUUCCCUCUGCUGAAUUUCUGCCAGCGGCACCUUCUGAGAUGGACAGCAACCAGGUCUUUGUUGAAUCUGAUCGGAUGAUCCCACUUGAUCCGGCUCUCCUUCAGUCUACCAUUCCAGAGUCAACAGCGGUAGAUGCUGAGACCACACAAGACAUAGAACAAGUUUGGGAAGAACUGCUGUCUAUUCCAGAGCUGCAGGUAACAGCAGCAGUCAGCACUUGAACGAAAUACUAAAUAAUCAAAUUUAUUAUUACUAUUAAAUAACACUUCAAUAAGUAGCCAGAUACUGGGGGCAAAUAUUUACAGUGGUACCUCGGGUUAAGUACUUAAUUCGUUCUGGAGGUCCGUUCUUAACCUGAAACACCACUUUAGCUAAUGGGGCCUCCCGCUGCCGCCACGCCACUGAAGCACGAUUUCUGUUCUCAUCCUGAAGCAAAGUUCUUAACCUGAAGCACUAUUUCUGGGUUAGCAGAGUCUGUAACCUGAAGUGUAUGUAACCCGAGGUACCACUGUAUACUAAAAAAGGCCACACUUUUGACAUUUUUGCCCUUGGACGGUGGGUCCUCCUGUCGUCUUGCAACUACUAUAUACAGUGGUACCUCAGGUUACAGACGCUUCAGGUUACACACUCUGCUAACCCAGAAAUAGUGCUUCAGGUUAAGAACUUUGCUUCAGGAUGGGAACAGAAAUCGCACGGUAGUGGCGCAGUGGCAGCGGGAGGCCCCAUUAGCUAAAGUGGUGCUUCAGGUUAAGAAUGGACCUCCUGAACGAAUUAAGUACUUAACCUGAGGUACCACUGUAUUUACAAAAUCUUAGGUUUAUGAGGUUGAAGGUAGCAGCUUGAAAGGUUCAAUUACGUUUACUCAUCAAUCAGUAUUUUUUAGAACAUGAAAAGCAAAAUGUUUGCCCGUAUUGGCAGUUUCCCUUUCAGUCCAAACCUUUGCAUGCUUUUUAUUCAAAAGCAACGCCUGCUCUGCUCGAGACAUUUGUGUUGAGUUUCUAGCCUUACAAUACAAAUCUUGAGUCUCAGGGCUGGCACCGGGCUUGGGGUGGGGUCUUUUCUCGGUAUGCUGGUGCCCCCAACCCAACUAACCAGGACCAAGUAGUACUUCUGGCAGGCCUCCGAAACAUGCUUCCGUGGGGCUGCGCUACUUUUUUUGAAUUGUGCCUAGGCUUGACUCUGAUCCAUUCUAGCAGGCCACCAUCUUGUGUUACCCAAAAUGCAAUGCCCUGGCCAACAGAUCUAAAUUUUAUAGCUCAACGGGCUGGUGUCCUACAUAUUGUGUAACCAAGAUGGUGGGCAGCCGCUGCCUGAUGGAAAACUGGUGAUUGAUAAAAGCAGCACUGCUGCCCAUUGCUGAAAAGCACCUGGGAGCUUGGCAGGGAGAACUGUGAAUAGUGGCAUGGCUGGGUCUUCAAAGCACCUGGCUUAAGAUAGCUGUCAACGUUUCCCUUUUUUAAAGGGAAAUUCCCUUAUUCCAAAUAGGAUUCCUCGCAAGAAAAGGGAAAAGUUGACAGCUGUGUUGUUGACUGGAGGUGCCGGGCCUAGUGAGUUCAUGUAAAUUUAGUUCCACUGAGCUUGGGGCUUACUCUCACCUAGUAAGGCUUGCUUUACUGGUUUUCCUAGGGUCUGUACAGCAAGGAGGGAAAUAGCAUUUGUUUUUCACUUCCAAGAAGCUGAACAGAAACCCCAGUUCAAUAUGUAGCACUUUUCUCUACGGAACAUGCAAUUUGCACAAUGAAUGGAGUAAUUAGCAUUUCUACCAAGGUAUAGCUACGCUUCUGUUUCCAUUUACCUCUUUGGAUAAACAGCUGAAGACUUCUCUGAAGCCCUUUCUCAGCUUUAUCCAGCCCAUGGAAUGUUAAGACAGUAGACAUGGAAGAGAAAGCAUGCAGCUUUUAAAAAACUGUGUGUGUACUCCAAAGCAACAGUGACUUCCACAACUACCAAGGAAAUUAAAGCAACUUUUUUAAAGGUGGGGGCAGGAAUGUAAAUAGCACAGAGGCUGGGGGAUUAUUGCUGCCCAGCAGGUCUUUUAACUGUCCAAGACACAUGAACAGUUAUAUUUCAUAGGUAUCCCAUGCACGGUAGCUUGGGGGGGGGGGGGAUUGCAGCAUUUUACCGAAGGCAAAAAACUUAGUGUGAAUGCCAGGAAGAUGCAAAUUCCUAAUACAGAAGUGUUUACUUGAGGGAAGAUUGCCUGCAACAAUUUAUUUGUCGGACUCAUCAGAUAUAAGUGCGUCCAAACCAGCCAAGGGACUAGGCACAUCCUCCCCCUUUCUUUGUAGAACGCAACUUCUGUAUAGUGAAAGGCAACAGGUGACUGAAAAAGCAAAAUGCUGCAUGCUAUAGUUUCCAAAGUCUCAGGUGCCCCUCCCUUUCCCCUUAUCCCAAUUAUUCACAUCGUAGAAGUUUACACAGGCUAAAAGGGAGUGUUUGCAGUUGCCUCCAUUUCUCCCCUAAUUCCUGUUUUGUAUUGCCAGCUCUUCUGGCCCCGUUUGGUAUACAGAAGCAAUAGAAAAAAGGGACGACAGCCAAAUGUAUCACUUCCAAAGCACAAGAAAUGCAUCGACUGGCUUCACACGGUAAAACUUCACCAUGUGUAUAUAUCAUUGCUGAACUUCUCUCUCCUAUUUCCUUAUAGUGCCUUAACAUUCAGAAUGAUAACCUGGUUGAAGUAACCCCAAAUGCAUGCUUGGAAAACGCAUCAGCAGAGGCCGAUAUGAACUUUAGCUUUUACGAUUCAUUACCUGCUAUGGAGAAAGAAGUUGCUAACUGCAGUCCAGAGUACCUGAGCCCUCUGGAAGCUUCCUUUUCUAGCCUGCUACUGCCGGAAGAUCUUAGCCAAAACAACACAUCAUGCACAAGCACUGAUUUUUCUGAGGAUUUCUACUCUUCCUUUGUUGGUGUGAAUAUGAACACGUCUCCCCCACCGCCAAAUUUUGUGGACCAGGCAAUUGCUGGCUUUUUAAACGAACCUAUCGAUCUUUCAGAGUUUGCUCAGUGCAAAGCUUUUAACCGUGACCUUUCAGGAAAUGCCCCAGAAUGCAAUGAUUCCGAUUCUGGCAUUUCGCUGAAUGCGAGUCCCAGCACAACAUCUCCCACUCAUUCUGUUGGGUCAUCUUCCAUCUCUAGAGAUACAGGAUUUGGAUACAGUGAUUCUGAAAUGGAAGAGAUGGAUAGUGCUCCUGGAAGCGUGCCACAGAGCAAUGCUAAAAUGCAUUCAUUUCAGUUCUAUGCUCCGCUGUCUCCAUCCCCAGGACAGGGUGUCUCAAAUCCUGAAUUGCAGUUCACAAGCGUACCCAAAAAAGAAUUGCCUGAAAACCCUGGUCAUGCUGAAGCUCCGUUUGUGAAGGACAAGUCCUCCAGCCAACUUGAUGCUCAUUUCAGCAGAGAUGAGCUUAGGGCAAAGGCUCUGUGUAUCCCUUUCCCCGUUGAAAAAAUAAUCAAUCUCCCUGUGGAUGACUUCAACGAAAUGAUGUCCAAGGAGCAGUUCAAUGAGGCACAGCUGACUCUGAUUCGUGACAUACGAAGGCGAGGCAAGAACAAAGUGGCUGCUCAGAACUGCCGCAAAAGGAAACUGGAAAACAUAACCGAGCUGGAGCAUGACUUAGGUUAUCUCAAGGAUGAGAAAGAGAAGCUCCUCAAAGAGAAAGCAGAAAACGACAAGAGUUUGCAACUGCUGAAAAAGCAGCUGAGCACCCUGUACGUCGAAGUCUUCCGCAUGCUUCGGGAUGAAGAUGGCAAGCCUUAUUCACUUAAUGAUUACUCACUGCAGCAAACAAGAGAUGGCACCAUCUUUCUUAUUCCUAAGAGCAAGAAGCCAGAGACUAAAAUAUGAAGAUCAGGGAGACUAAUGUUCUCUCAACAACUAUUUUUUCAAUUUGUAUUUUCUACUCCUAGGACUUCCUAGGAUGCAAAAUAUUUCCUUUCCUCCCCAAGUGACUUUACACAAAUGUCUCUUUAGAGUAAACUAUAUGAAUACACUUAAAAUCGGUGUAAGGCAAAUGUAUGCACAAUGGGUAGUACUUUUAUAAGACACUAGUUCCUUUUUUAUAUAGUAGCAACUCAACUAGUUCCUGUUCUAGUGUAAAUAUUUCAAAAUUUCUUAUUUAUAUACUGUUCCUAUAAUUUGUUUUACCUAACUGUAUAUCAAGGGUGAUUUAAGACUUUUAAUCCUAAUUACUUACAAGACCAAUCUUGUUUUCAUGAAUAUUGUUUGAUAAAAUAUCAAUGAAAUGUUUGCAGUUCCUUGAAAAUUUUUACUUGCUUUGCUUUAAUAUGAGAUUGAAUGUAGUGUUAGUAAACACACAUACUAAAGGAGUAUUGUUAGGGCUCAGCCCAGCCAAAAUAACUGAACACUCAUUAUAAGAAUUAAAACUGUUCUUUCAUUGAAAGGAAUGGAGUAUCAAUAUGCUUAAUUUGGGGCUGAAUUGUGUCCUUAAAGCUGAAAUUUUGCUUUGCAUACAAAUGUAUGCUCCAAGUAAUGCUAAUUUUUAGAUUUUGUACAUUAAAAAAUAAACAGCAUAUACUCUUG